UUUGGGGUGUUGCUGCUGCUCCGCUUGAGUGAGCUGCGAGGGAGGGGGUGGGGGUGUGACAUGGGGCAGGUGAAGUGGCACAGAAGACCGUAGCACUGCUACUUCACGUGCAGCUGAACUUCACGUUGCAGCAGCGGCGGCGGCAGCGGCUGAUGCCCUCGACUCCACGUGGGCAGAGAAGGACCUCGCUCGCACGCACGGGUCUGACCUACACGGCGGGGGCAGUGUCAAGGAAGUGCGACGCACAGGUCCGACCUCGGCCUGGAGGAUCAUGCGGAGCUCGUGAACGUGUGCAGGGUCACGAGCAGAAACGAGACCAUGGUUGUAUUACUGAAGCUCCUCGUCCUCCUCGCCGCCAUGGGAGAGGCCCAGCAAGAGCUUGAUUACAGGGCAGGCUGCCGCACGGCCGCCAACGAGAUGGUGUUCGUCCUCGACGGGUCGUGGAGCGUGGAGCCACAGAACUUCGAGACGGUGAAGAGGUGGCUCGUGAACAUCUCCAGUAGCUUCGACAUCGGCCUGCAGUACACACAGGUCGGCGUGAUCCAGUACAGCGACUGGCCGCAGCUGGAGAUCCCGCUGGGCGCGCAGACCUCCAACGAGCAGCUCAUGGCCGCGCUGGGGCAGAUCUCCUACCUGGGAGGCAACACCAAGACGGGCCGCGCAAUUCAGUUCGUGACGCGCAGCGUGUUCCCCGCGUCCCCCCGCGCCGACAACAAGAUGGUGCGCACCGUGGUGGUGGUGACCGACGGCAAGUCUCAGGACAACGUCACGAUCGCGUCGCUGGAGGCGAAGGAGAAUCGCAUCAUCAUGUUCGCCAUCGGCGUGGGCCAGGCCAUCGAGGAGGCCGAGCUGAAGGAGAUCGCGAACCGCCCCUCGUCCUCGUACGUCUUCUACGUGGAGGACUACAACGCGAUCUCGCGCAUCAAGGAGACCAUCAAGCAGAAGCUGUGCGAAGAAACCGUGUGUCCCGGGCGCAUCCCGUCCCGCGGCCGAGACGAGAAGGGCUUCGACCUGCUGGAGGGGAUGCAGAUCUACCAGAAGGCAGAGCGCAAGCUCGGCUCCAUCCACUCCGAGGUCAGCUUCUCCAUCACCUCGAGGAUGGACUUCACUGAGAAGACACGGGAGAUCCUGCCCGAGGGGCUGCCCCCGUCCUACGUCUUCGUGGCGACGGUGCGCCUGGAGGGGGCGGCGCGGCGCGAGGCGUGGGACCUGUGGCGCGUGCGCGCCCUCGACGGCUCCAUCCAGACGGCGGUGACCCUCGACGGCUCCGACCGCUCCGUCACCUUCUCGUCGCCCAGCCUGCGCAACGGCGUGCAGACGGCGCGCUUCUCGGGCCCGUCGCUCUGGAAACUCUUCAACGAGAAGUGGCACCAGCUGCGCGUGCUGGUGCGGGAGGGCACCGCCUACCUCUUCCUGGACGGCGACGAGGUGGGCCGGGUGGUGCUGGAGCAGGUGGUCGCCAUGUACGUGGGCGGGCAGAUGCAAGUGGGAAAGUACGUGGGCAAGGAAGCCUCCAUCCCGUUUGAGGUGCAGAAGCUGCGGAUCUACUGCGACCCGGAGCAGAACGAGCGCGAGACUGCGUGCGAGAUCCCCAGCGUGGACGAUGAAAGGUGCGAGGGCGACCGCUUGCCACCAGCCCAGGCGCCGCCCUGCACGUGCCCCCCAGGACCCUCAGGGCCCCCCGGGACACCGGGAAAGAAGGGGGAACGUGGUACCCAAGGGGAGACUGGUACCCCGGGAGCUGAUGGUAAGCCUGGAAUUCGUGGAAUUCAAGGCAGCCAAGGGAUAGCUGGCAUCCCUGGUCCACAGGGGACGCGGGGGGUGGCCGGAAGCUCUGGGCAGCCGGGCAGCACUGGACCUCCGGGCGAGCGGGGAUACCCGGGAAUGCCUGGACUCCUGGGCCCCCCGGGGCCACAGGGUUCACCUGGCCGCCGCGGUGACCCAGGCCCCGUUGGUCCCGAAGGAAGAAAGGGAGACCGUGGCACCAAGGGCUCUCAAGGUCUGCUAGGCCCCAGGGGACAGGAGGGUCAGCCUGGCUCCGACGGGACGAACGGCUCUCCUGGCAUCCCUGGUGCCAAGGGUGAGCCUGGAAAGACUGGAGUUCCAGGGAUGGAUGGGGAGAGGGGCGGACCGGGCAUGCCAGGGAUUCCGGGCAGCAAUGGGCCUCCGGGCCAGAACGGAGAGUUUGGCUCUGCUGGCCCACCAGGAGAGAGGGGGCCUCCAGGUGUGAUGGGAAUCGAUGGCCUGCCAGGACAUCCCGGGCCAAGAGGCCCCAAGGGCAUAAAGGGAGAGAAAGGAGAGGUGGGAUCGCCCGGUUCAUCGGGCUUGCCGGGAAGCGUGGGCAAGCAAGGGGACGCGGGAUUCCCCGGCCUGCCCGGCUCGCCGGGACUGCCCGGAAGUCCGGGCGUGAAGGGAGACAAUGGACAGAACGGCCGUACAGGUGCACAGGGAGAUCCCGGGAUCGAGGGUCCGCAGGGGAUACAGGGACCCAAGGGGGACCCCGGGAAAAAUGGAAUCAAAGGAGAGCGAGGGAGUCACGGGGUGCCCGGGGAGCGCGGCUUGGACGGGCGCAAGGGCGAGAUAGGGCCACAGGGCCCCACGGGGCCGAAGGGCCCACGGGGCCUCGACGGGGAGAGGGGGGUGCAAGGGCUUCCAGGGGCCCAGGGAAAGCCGGGCACCCCGGUGUCGGAUGAGCACAUCCGCAAGGUGUGCUACGACAUGCUGAGAACCCAGCUCCCGGCGAUGGUACACAGCUCCCGGCCAGCAUGCGAGCCGUGCGUGUCUCGGGACGGCGUCCCCGGCACCCCCGGAUCGCCGGGCUCGCCCGGAGAGAGGGGCUUCCAAGGAUUCCCGGGACAGGCAGGCCGCAUGGGCCUGCCCGGCAUUCCUGGCCAGCCCGGCACGGAAGGCCUGAAAGGCGAAACAGGCAGCAAGGGCGACAAGGGUGGCAGAGGGGUGGGAUACCCCGGUGUAGAUGGGCCACCUGGCCUCCCAGGCCCCCCAGGGCACCCAGGGGAGGGGAAGGAUGGCCGUCCGGGGAAACCAGGACCCCCAGGGAAACACGGCGAUCCUGGGAAACCGGGGCUGACGGGCCUGCCAGGACCCCCGGGGAUCUGCGAUCCCUCCUUGUGCUAUUUUGUAGGAGGGGGCCGGAACCCCUUUAGCAAGGGCCCCAACUACUGAGGGGGCGUCUGUGUAAUAAAUACAAAAAUACAUGAAUUCAAAAUUAAGACCGAUGAUGAUGAUAAUAAUGGGGUUAAUGAGGAGGGAUAUAAAAAAUGUAAGUAAUGUUUUUGUUUAAACAUUGCAAGUGUAGUUCUGUUGUUACGUCGCAAAAUGAAAGGCCCAAAUCGUUCCUCUUUUCUCGUGCAGUUUAGGAGAGGUGCUUUUAGUUGUCUUCGAUAAGGAGAUGUAUUGCAGAAACAAGGCCUUGUUAACGCCACACGUUCUCAAAUGGGAGGAUGGGAAAUUCACAUUUUCACAGUCAAAUAUACAACACUAGGCAUUCCAUUUGUUUAUCCAAAUAAGCCUCAUCCGAGUCUUAAGACUCAUGUGGGAAAGUGCUGCCCCCUACUGUGUUCACCAGAAGUCACUGGAAGGGAUCUCGGAGGUAGCUCUGUGAUAUCCGCUUCCGUGGGCCGCUCGUCAACACGAUGGCCUCGCACUGCUCUGUGAGAUUUCCCAACGGAUUUUUCAUCUCGUGACAAAAUGCCGGCAGCACAAUCGAGGUACACCUGGCAUUAAAACACGAAAAAAAACACCAAAGAAAACCUGACACUUAAAAAAAAAACACCCACUCCCGGGGAUCUCUCGCGUGUCCACCGUCCAUCCACUUUACGUGGCGCUUAUGACAGCGGUGGCAUUCCUGUGAAACUGUGAGCCUGUGAAGGGUCACGUUACGGUUAUUAAAUAACACCUCCCUGAGGCUGAUUUGGAUAUCAGACGGGGUUUUUUUUGCACAGAGGGCAUCUACAAAGCUUUGUGAUUUUUUUGUCCGUUUCACUGAAGGUAGUUUCCAAUGCGGUGUUGAAAUUUCGACUUUGAAAAUGUUACUUUUAUCAUCCACUGUCUGAGACAGUUUUUUUUUUUUAUCACUGCUUUAAAGGGUUUGCCGUCUUUAUUGAUCCAACAGUUACAGUUGAGCCUGUGAUAUGUUAUACUGUGGCUCCAACACAAUGGUUUUUAAUUGAGGGUUGUGGGUUAUUUUUUUUCUCUCAACGUUAAUAUUGUGGGAUGCAAAGGAGUACAGUACUUAAAAAUUAUUUCUAAAUUUUUUUUAUCACGAAACACGUUAUGCUCAGGAACCAAAUUCACGAUACUUUAGUGUCUUUAAUGAUAAAACAUCGACGUAGUACAAUGAUAAUAAAGCUAAAAGGUACAAAUAUUUUUUUUCAAAUGCAAAAAACAAAACAACACAAAUGUAUUUUCACGCUUGCUCAAAUGUUAUGUGUUUCAUGUUUUUUAUUGCAUAUUUUUUUUAAUGAACAGGCAUGUGGGUGUUCAUCAAUUUAAGUUCCGUUACCUCCUAAUUGGCAAUGUGUUAGUUAUUUAUGUAUUAUCUCAUAUACGUGAUGCUAGACAUUUCCUAUUAGAUUUAGUCUUUUAUAUUAGCUUUGUUGUUUUGCAUUGAGGACGUCUAGUAAAUUGAUGGGCAAAUGCAGCUUCAUAGGUCACAGUGGCAUAGAGUCGCAUCAACAAUAAUAUAAUCAAAUACUGCGACGUGUCUGAAAUGCUCACCAGCAAAAAGAUACAACCCAGAGUACUUAUUUGGUCAACUGAAAGACACCGUCUCUGGAUCGGCAAUUCAUAAACGGAUUCUAUUAGGAGGUUUUCAAACCACUUUUAAAUAUGGCUCAAUAAUUAGUUUAGAUUUUGUCCCCCUACUGGAAGAACUUCCUAGUUUUAGUCACCAAGAUUGAAGCAUCAUUUGUACUUUGAAUGAUUGUCCCUUAAGAAUUACAAUUUGACUGCAACAUUUGUAAAGCUUCCAGCAAGCUUCAUCCACUGCUAGUUUUUGUUGCCCACUUCACUGCUCAUCUGCCUCUGAGGUUUUUUUUGAGAUACAAGUUAAAAUGUACAAUCCCAUUUGGUGACGGAGGAGCCAGUUAGUACCCACUUAACUCGAUUGUGGCGCAUGUGUUUCAUGAAACAUUUAGUAUUUAUACACACCGUCUACACGUGCAUAUAAACACAUGUAAAUAUUGGAAAUGUAAAAAAAUAUAUAAAUAUACAUACAGCAAAUCAAUUAAGUAUCAAAUACACAGUUUAUAACCGUUAAACAAUGGCUUUUUUCUUGUAUGUCUGUCAAUUAAGAUUUUAAAAAAGCUUAAGUGGGAAUGGUAGUGUGGGGGUGGGGUGUGUCACAAACUGAAAUAUCAAAAACAUCAACAUGACAUUGAUCCGUGUGAUUGGCUGAGGCCUUGUGGCUUAACCCAAAAUCUAUUAUGGGAUCAGAGUAUUGGCUCCGGCAACCUGCAUUUUUACGUUAAACAAUUACAGUACGUUAUUGAUAACCCGGUGUUUAACAUUGCACUCGUUUUACAUCAACAUCCAUUGGUGCUUCGAAAACAUUGAGAAAGGCUUAGAAAAAAAAGUGUGUCUGAGGAAAUGUUUUUUUUUGUUAAUGAUUGUAUUCCUCGCAUUGUUGAUUAUUCUGGUGCUACUGUAAAUCAUCAAAAUGACGAUGGCAUAAAUAGGCGAUGCUCUUUGAAUCCGCGGUUGGCAACCUGUGGCCUCACCGGCCAGCCCACGAGGCUGUGAUGAAGUGGUCCUCGGAACUGCUGCAGAUAUACUCAAAAUAUCGUCACAAAACGACUGCAUAUCAUGGUGAUAUGUAAUUGAUGCUAUGGCGAUUGGACAGUGGUCCGUAGGCACAAAAAGGUUUGGCAACCACAGCUCCGAAUUCUGCUUUUAAUCAGUAAUCCUCACACGCUCAGUAUACUUUAGGAAGUGCUGAAGUCUCACGAAUAUGCUCUGCGAUGUGGCAUCGUAAGUGGCACUGGCAAUGAAUGCACUUAGGUAAAUUAAUAUGCAUGGAAUAUUUGAUUAAAGUUUUGAACGCACGGUACUGUAUUGUGGUGCUGCGGAGAAUUGUUUUAAAUUUGGUCGGGUUGAAUCGGCUCUAAGUUGCAUUUUGUUAAAAUCGUCUGCCUGAGUUGAAUGCAUUACCGUAUUACGAGAAAUGUGGGAACUUCUGAAGGAACUUACAUGGCAGGGCUCUUGUAACAAAGAGACGGAGAUUUAAACGUGGAUAAUUUCAGCCUUGCCGAUUCAUUUCCAAAUUGGCCACACGCAGGUGGCAUUUAAAUUAAAUUUACACAGGUGUACGUAUAUUCUAGAAAUUACUUUCAGAAUAAUGUUAAUGAAUCAAUUGAUAACCGAUGACCCCCAAUGCUGAUGUGAAAUCUAAAACCCAGUCAUACUUUAUUUCGUUUAUGAGCACGUGUGCAUUGGGGUUUUCUUUUACAUAGAACCCAGACGUGUUUUUUACAAUCCCUUGCUCACCGUGACACAGCCUUAGUGCUGUCUUGGCCAAGGAAAUCCUUGAGAUCUAAUCCCAUUAUUGUGCCCGCUAAUUAGUACGUGACCAUCGUGAAGGGGUCACAGUCCCCCGUAAUUCUGAGCGUUCAACUGUGCGGAGGUUUUUUUGUGUUUUAACUUGGGAGUCUUGUGACAUUAAAAAGGUUACCAUAUUCAAAUAUGAUUUGUCAAUUUCAUGGUUACAUUUCCUGCAUUUCUCUCCAUGAUCUGGGUGACCAACAAAAGUCUGAAAAAUGUUUGUGUAAUUUCAUAUUUUAUGGAAAUUGAAAGAAAUUUUCUAUUAUACAAUUCUAUUUUUCUUGCCCAAUAAUUUACUGUAUAUUGUGGUUUAGUGCUCUGCAUCACAAACCAAGUUAUCUAAGUUUGAAUCCAUAUCACGAGUUAUCCAUCGGUGGUGAAUGUCUGAACAUGGUUCUGGGCCCAUCCCCCUUCACCAACCCACACUGACCAGCAUGGUGAAGUAUGGUCAAACAACUCUCAUGACACACCGUGGGGAGGCCUUUAUCCAUUCGCACGGUUGGCUACGCACGGUGUGAAAAAAGUUCAACAUACAUACGUACAUAGUGCGCAUCUUGAAAUAAAGAGGUUGCAAGUUCAAA